AUGGCGCGGCAGUGGCACAGGCAGCUCCCGGCCGGGACCCCCUUCGGCCGGGACCCUCCUCCCCGCAGCGAGGGCCUGGCGGCCAGCCUCUGCGGGGUGGUUGCGAAGAGGGGCAAGGACUACAUCCUGAAGCACGUCCCAAACAUGCACAAAGAUCAGUUUGCCCUGACGGCCUCCGAAGCCCAUCUCAAGUACAUCAAGGAGGCCGUCCGGCUGGAUGACGUGGCUGUGCACUACUACAGGUUGUACAAGGACAAAAGGGAGGUGGAGGCCGCCCUGACGCUGGGGCUGACCACGCGGGGCAUCCAGAUCUUCCAGAACUUGGAUGAAGAAAAGCAGCUGCUCUACGACUUCCCCUGGACAAACGUGGGGAAACUGGUGUUCGUGGGCAAGAAGUUUGAGAUCCUGCCGGACGGGCUGCCCUCGGCCAGGAAGCUCAUCUACUACACCGCCGGCAGCAUCCGGCACAAGCGCCUCUCCCGGCACUCCACCGCCAGCCACAGCAGCUCCCACACCUCGGGCAUCGAGACCGACCCCAAACCCAGGGAGAUGGGGCCCGAGGACGGCUUCUCGGGCGCCGGCGCUCACCGCAAGCUGAAGACCUGCAGCUCCAUGACCAGCCACGGCAGCUCCCACACCUCCGGAGUGGAGAGCGGUGGGAAGGACCGGCUGGAGGAGGACUCCCAGGAUGACGAAAUCGAGAUGCUGGUGGAUGACCCCCGGGAGCUGGAGCAGGCUGGCGAGAUGGAGGUGAGCCCCGACAUGUGCGUCUACAUCACGGAGGACAUGCUGCUGUCGCGCAAGUUCAACGGGCACUCGGGGCUAAUCGUGAAAGAGAUCAGCUCCUCCACCUCCAGCUCCUCAGAGACAGUGGUGAAGCUGCGGGGGCAGAGCACUGACUCCUUACCCCAGACGACGUGCAGGAAACCGAAGACGUCGACGGACCGGCACAGCCUGAGCCUGGAUGACAUUCGGCUCUACCAGAAGGACUUCUUGCAGCUGGCCAACCUCUGCCAGGAUACAGCCCAGAGCUACACCUUCGGCUGCGCCCAUGGGCUGGAGGAGGAAGGGCUCUACUGCAACGGCUGCUUGGCCCAGCAGUGCAUCAACAUCCAGGAGACCUUCCCCGUCAAAAGAACCAGCAAAUACUUCUCGUUGGAUCUCACCCACGACGAAGUCCCCGAGUUCGUCGUCUGA